AGUGGGAGGAUUGUGAGACAACCUAUUCGCUACGAACAUGAGGCACACGUUCUUGUAUCAGAUACUGAAAAGGACGAUCCAUUGACUUUUAAAGAAGCAAUGGAAGACCCUGAUGUUGAUAAGUGGCAAGAUGCCAUGAAUCAAGAAAUGGAAUCAAUGUAUUCCAAUUUAGUCUGGGAACUUGUAGAUCUUCCUGACAAUGUUAAUGCCACUGGAUGCAAAUGGAUCUACAAGAAGAAAAGGGGUGCAGAUGGAAAGGUAGAGACCUAUAAAGCAAGGCUUGUGGCCAAAGGCUACACACAGAGAGAGGGUGUGGACUAUGAAGAAACAUUUUCUCCUAUGGCCAUGCUUAAAUCCAUUCUCAUACUUUUAUCCAUGGUUGCCAUCUAUGAUUAUGAGAUAUGUUCUGUAUGUUGA